UGAGAUUUUUCCAAUUGGACGAAUUUGUCAGGAACAAAAGACGGUUCGAUUUGGUCACUUCGAUCUUUUUACUUCUAUUCCAAAUUUUCAACAAUCUCAAUCAUCAUGACUGCCUGGAGAGCCGCUGGUCUUAACUACAUCAACUAUUCCACCAUCGCAGCUCGCCUGUUGAGGCAAGCUCUGAAGCCAGAUUUCAAAGUUGAAGCCAUGAAGCGUGAAGCCUCCCAAAUCAAGUUUACCCCAUGGAUCGAUGGCAAAUCACAGAGUCGACAAUAAUUGUCUUUCAACUCCCAAAACCAAAGUCCUCUUAAAUCUUUAGUUGGAAGGAUGCAAAGGAAGGGAAAGAUGGAUGUGUAGGAUUGAUUUAAAACAAAUUGAUUAAUAAUAAUAAUUUAAAAAAUGUA